AUGGUCAUUGGAUUCUGGCCAUGUCCACGGUGUAGGCGUUGGAUCAUCAUUCCUCCAGAAGGAACAGUUACAGUUCAUCCAACCAGAAGAAAUGUGGAGGAGCGAGAGGUACCUAAUGCACCUGAAAUGCAACCUAAAGAGGAAGUUACUAAUGCUAGAUUCUGUCUUGCUUCAGGAAAAGAAGGUAGGGCUGCAAUGUUGAUUGGGGACAUGGACAUUUCAAGGCUAAUGGACUAUAGGAGUGGAUCAAGUCGACCACAAUUUAAGAAACAAAAGGACAAUGCACCAUCAUCAGAUAGUGUACCUACGCCAAGAAACAAUGGUGAGUAUAAUGGACAUAAAUCACUGAACAUUAAGGAUAGCCCAGCCCACUCCCAAGGUAGUGUGGCACAAAGAGGUAGUUGGGAUCCUUCGUUUGGUAGGUGUCGUAGAAACCAUGUCGAUAAGUGUUGCAAUGGUCAGUCGGGUUGUUUCAAAUGCGGUGAAGUGGGGCACUACAUGAAAGAGUUGCCCAAGAACAAGAAAAGAGGUGGAAAUCUAGGAAAUAGAGUCCAAUCUGCAUCAGUUGCUCCACCACACAAAGCUGCACCUAGAGAAGUCACUUACGCCAGAUGUUAUCACGAGCAUGAUCGAAGUCUUUACUUUUGA